UCGCCUCUCAGCUGUGACAAGGCCAGCAGCGACACAGCGAUGGCAGGAGCCGUGUUCUCGCGCUUCAUCCUCACCGGUGUCUGGAAGAACCUGAUCGAUGUUCUGUCCACGCCGCUGACGGGCCGCAUGGCGGGCAGCUCCAAGGGCCUGGCCUUCAUCCUGGGAGCAGAGGGGGUCAAAGAGCAGAGCCAGCGGGAGAGAGACACCAUCUGUCUGAGCUUGGACGGCCUCCGUAAAGCUGCGGCGCUCAGCUGCGCUCUGGGUGGGUGAAGCAUGUUCAUGUGUUGGUUUUAACAGGAACAAUGAGGCUCAU